CCUGACUCCUCCCACUACUUCCGUGUUUGCGUCCGUCCUGCGUGUCCUCCUGCUUCUCCUGCAGAUCCCAGAGUUGUCUUGUAGCGACUGUUUUGAGAUAAAUAAUCAUGUCUCUGGAGGUGGAAUCCGCAGAUGUGAUCCGUCUGAUUAUGCAGUACUUGAAAGAAAAUAAUCUGCAGCGGACUCUAGUCACCCUGCAGGAGGAGACCACCGUGUCGCUGAACACUGUGGACAGUAUAGAGAGCUUUGUGGCAGACAUAAACAGCGGCCACUGGGAUACUGUCCUGCAAGCCAUCCAGUCCCUCAAGCUGCCAGACAAGACCCUGGUAGACCUUUAUGAACAGGUGGUGUUGGAGCUGAUCGAGUUGAGAGAGUUGGGUGCAGCCCGUUCCCUCCUCAGGCAGACCGACCCCAUGAUCAUGCUGAAACAAACCCAGCCAGAGAGGUACAUCCACCUGGAGAACCUGCUGGCCCGCUCUUACUUCGAUCCCAGAGAGGCGUACCCAGACGGCAGCAGUAAGGAGAAGCGCCGGGCGGCCAUCGCCCAAGCGCUGGCAGGGGAGGUCAGCGUGGUGCCGCCCUCUCGUCUCAUGGCUCUGCUGGGACAGUCUCUGAAGUGGCAGCAGCAUCAGGGCCUCCUGCCUCCUGGUAUGACUAUCGAUUUGUUCAGGGGUAAAGCUGCCGUUAAAGAUGUGGAGGAGGAGCGCUUCCCCACCCAGCUCAGCAGACACAUCAAGUUUGGACAGAAAUCUCAUGUGGAGUGUUCCCGAUUCUCCCCUGAUGGUCAGUACCUGGUCACUGGCUCCGUGGACGGCUUCAUCGAGGUCUGGAACUUCACCACCGGCAAAAUCAGAAAGGAUUUGAAGUACCAGGCUCAGGACAACUUCAUGAUGAUGGACGAUGCAGUGUUGUGUAUGGGCUUCAGUCGAGACACAGAGAUGUUGGCCACCGGAGCCCAGGAUGGAAAGAUCAAGGUGUGGAAGAUCCAGAGUGGUCAGUGUCUGAGGAGGUUUGAGCGCGCCCACAGUAAAGGAGUAACAUGCGUCAGUUUCUGUAAAGACAGCAGCCAGCUCCUCAGUGCCUCCUUCGACCAGAUAAUCAGAGUCCAUGGACUGAAGUCAGGUAAAACUCUUAAGGAGUUCCGCGGCCACUCCUCAUUUGUGAACGAGGCCACCUUCACUCCAGACGGCCACCACGUCAUCAGUGCUUCCUCCGACGGUACAGUCAAGAUGUGGAACAUGAAGACCACUGAGUGCUCCAACACCUUCAAGCCUCUGGGCACGUCAGCCGGCACCGACAUCACAGUCAACAACGUCAUCCAGCUGCCCAAGAACCCAGAGCACUUUGUAGUGUGUAACCGCUCCAACACGGUGGUCAUCAUGAACAUGCAGGGACAGAUCGUGAGGAGUUUCAGCUCCGGUAAGAGGGAAGGUGGUGACUUCGUGUGCUGCACUCUGUCGCCCCGAGGCGAGUGGAUCUACUGCGUGGGUGAAGACUUUGUGCUCUACUGCUUCAGCACUGUCACCGGCAAGCUGGAGAGAACGCUGACGGUCCAUGAGAAGGAUGUGAUCGGCAUCGCCCACCACCCCCACCAGAACCUCAUCAGCACCUACAGCGAGGACGGCCUGCUGAAGCUCUGGAAGCCUUGAGGUGUUUGACUGGACACUCUCACUCUGGACACUGCUCCGCCCCAAACCGCCCAUUCUGGUUUAGUUUUGUCUUUUUCCAGCACUGGUGGAAUCCUUCUCCUUCACAUCACUGUGAACUCGAGGUUUUGGUGUUGACGAUCUCAAUAACACCAUAGGUUUUACAUAUUCAGCUGCAUGGUAUUUUUUUUUUACCAUGAAGCCAUACGGCUGAAUAUGAGCAACUAACGGCAAGUUGGGGUUUUGGAGUGUUUGCACAGUAGAGCCUUAUUUACCUGUUUACCUGCCUUAUUUAACUGUUUUCAGUUUGUCUAACACAGAAAUGAUUUAAUAAUAUCUUACAAAGCAACAUCAUUUGCUUUACUUUUAUGCUUUUUAUGAAUUUGUAAAGGUAGAUGUCAUGUUGUUUAAGCGGUGGAUAUGAUUUUGGAAAGAAAGUGUGAACCAGAUAUACCAUAAUUACAAAUAUUCUAUAACCGUUCAUUACACAUAGUUUGAUAUUGUUUCAAUUGCAGGUAAAAUAAAUGAGGUUCUGCUGUUCAACACCUGAGCUUUACAGACAUUCAGUAGCUUCUUUUUGGGAGACCUCAACUUCAGAGAGAGGAGGGGAGAUGUCAGAUGUUCGGGGUGUAGAUACUAGACUCAGUCUUGUUUUGAAAAUUCCACUUUUUUGUAAAUAUAUUUUCUUAUUUGAAUUUUUUGUUUUUCCAAGAAGACCUGGUUAAAUAGUGUUUUGUUGUUUGUGUCUUAAUUUUCUUUUCUUUUUUUUUAUUUUCAACUAGAAUUGAAUGGCUCCAAAAUUAUUUUAUAUAUAUUUUGUAUUCUGAAAUGAUUUGGUUCUUUCAACAUGGAGAAUCAAAUAACACAAGUCAUUGUAUUGUAUUGCAUUUUCCCCACAUUGAGUACAUGCAUUUGGAAUUGGACAUAACAUUUCAUGGAUCUAUAACUUGCUGGAUGUACAAAAUUCCCGUUAAUAUAUCUCAUCUGUGCCAUUAAAGCUAUUUAACCAGAA